GCCACUUUGGCCGCUUGCUGCCAACUGGCGACGCACUCGCAGCGCCAAUUGCAGUUUUGGAUGCGUUCGGUGCAAGUCUCUUCAGCGUGUGGCAAGUGUCUGUGGCAAGUGUCGUGUCGUGCGAAGAAUUGGAUUGGAAUUGAAUUGGAAUUGAGUUGGAAUCGAAUUGGAAUCGAAUUGUCUCGAAUUGGAUUGGAUUGAAUCUCUGUUAUAAAUCGUGCCAUAUAUAUAUAAAUAUAUAUCAAUUUUUUUUUUUGCUUGUGCGUGUGUGAGUGAGUGAGAGCAACAGAAAGAAAGAGCGAGCGAGAGGGCGAGAGAUAUAAAGUCAAGCGAUAGUAACAAUGCCGGAGCGCAGCAUUAGCCAACGCGAUCUCGACGAAAUCGAGAUCGAGAGCGAUGAAGAGGAGGAGGAAUUGGAGCAGGGCGUCGGCCUGGCCGUGCAAUCGACAAUGCGUCGCCGUGCCGCCGCUACCGCCCAGGGGCGUGGCAGCACCAGCAACAUUAGCAACAGCAACGAAGGCGGCCAGCAGAGCCGCGAGCGCAGCCGCGAGCGUUUCGGCCCGGUGAAUGCCGCCCAGGAGGCGAGGUUCUAUGACGACGACGAGGAGCGACGCGAUGGCGGCUACGAUGACAGCGACGAUGAGGAUGACAUUGAAAUGUUGGAUUAUGAUACAUUUUCGCCGACAAAUAUCAGGUAUUUACACCGAGAUCUUUGAAUGAAUUAAAAUGCCAGCAUCGAAUUUGCGGUCUAUUUAAUAAAUACAAAAUGUUCGUUUAUCUCUUGACCCGGCGCGAACUAUUUGUAAUAUUUACGUGUUUGUCUACACGCGUGAAAGGCAAAUUGCAAACAAUGCUUUUAAUUUGUGCUUAAUUAUAUAAUAUAAUUAAUUACGCAUGGCGCAGAGUUCAUGAAAAAUUUACACGUUUUACGCAAAAUAAUUAGAAACGAAGAACAAUCGAAAAACGAAUUUCAAAAUUAAAUAAAGCUGAAAAUAAAAAAAAUAAAAAAAAUAAGAGAAAAUCACAAAACGACAAUGAUUCUCUUUCCAGUCGAUCGAUUAAAAAUAUAUAUGAAGAA